AUGGUGAGACCUCCUGUCAGUCGUACCUGGGCUCUUCCACCUUCUGGUUACUCAAAGCUCAACUGUGAUGCUUCCUAUAGCAAAGAAAGAAACUGCAGUGGGAUUGGUUUUCUAUUACGUGAUCAUCUUGGUCACUGCCAGUUAGCAGUCUUUGAUCCAAUACACUUUGCUGAAGUUGUGGUGGGGGAGGCAGAAGCAAUUAGGCAAGGUGUGCUUGAGGUGAUAUCAGAAGGAGCAAUGAGAAUUAAGGUAGAAAGUGAUAACCAAGAGGUGGUCACAGGGUUACAGUACUCGGAGAGGGACUCAACUUUGUCUAUUCGGCCAAUCAUUAAGGAUAUUUUGUACCUUGCUUCAUACUUUGUUGACUGUCAAUUUCAGUUCACCUCAAGGGCAACAAAUGUUGUUGCAGAUACCCUUGCUAGGCGGGCUUAA